AUGUACAUAAAUAAACUACUCUAUUUGAUAUAAGAGUGUAUUUAUAUAAAAAUAAAUAUAGAAAAACUGAUAAAUAAGAAGAUAUUUUAAAAAUAAAAAGAAAUAGGCAAUAAUUAAACUUAAUAAUUACAAAAAAUAAUAAGGAAUAAAAAGUAAAUAAAAAAAUAAUUCAAACAAAACCAUUAUUUGUUUAUUUAAUAAUUUUAAAAAAAUAUAUAUAAAGAUCGAUUUAAAAUCAUAAUAAUUGACUUAAUUGCAAUACGAUUCUAUAAAUAAAUAAGAUAAUUUUCAAUAUAGAAAAAAGCAAACAAAUAUUAAAUUUAUAUAUAUUUAUAUAUAUGUUUGGUAUAUUUAAAUAUAUAAAAAUAAAGUGUAAUUAGCGUUUGUAGAAGAAAAAUAAAAAAUGCAAUGAAAUCUAAAUUUAUUUAAUACUUAGUUGUAUUGUUAAUAUUUUUGUACACUACUUUAAUUUUCACGAAUAUAGCAUUAGAUGAUUUAAUUGAGGAUAAAGAUAAAUCAAGUUAAAUAACUAAAUAAUUGCAUUAUAUUGAACUAAUAAUAUUAUCUAUAUUUUUUAUAGAAAUUAUUCUAAAUUCAUAUUCUUCAGGAUUAAAACACUAUUUUUCUAACAAAUCGUUAUUUUUAGAUUUUCUAAUUAUUAUUAUUAGUAUAAUAUUAGUUAUCAUAGAUAUAUCAACUUCUAAUAAUUCAUUUUCCUCUGUGGCAACUAUUAUAAGAGGAAUUUUUAGAUUUCUUCGUAUUUUUCUUUUAAUAAGAAAAUUUUAAACUUUUAAAAAAAUAAAAGUUAGUAGCACAAUAAAUACACCUGCAGAAAGAAUUUUAGAAAUAAUGUCUGAGUUCAAAGAGUAUUUUGAUUCUAUAAAUAUUAUAUAGGAUAUUCAAUGGACAAUGGAUAUAAUUGCAUCAAAUAAACUUUUUGAUCCAUUAAUGUUGGAUGAAAAUAAUAAUGAAUAGGUUAUUGAAUGGGUAAACUUUGGAAAAGUAUAAACUAAUAGUUAAGAAAAAUAAAUAUAACUAAGAAACGAAGAAGUGAAAUUAAAUGUUAAUUAAUAGGCAAAAUAUUUAGUUUUAAAAAGAUAAAUACCUGUAAAUGUUCUGAAUGAAUUUUAAAAAAUUGAUGAAUUAUAUUUUGAUUGUUUUAAAUUAGAAUAAAUAUCUAAAGGAGAUGAAACUAGUUACCUUUUAAUUUAUUUAUUUAUUAAAUAUGAUUUGAUUUAAGAAUUAUAAGUUGAAUUGAGCUCUUUUAAAUAAUUUGCUUUGUCUAUUUAGAAUGGAUAUAAUAAUAAUCCUUAUCAUUAUAAAUUGCAUGCAUUUGAUGUUCUUUAAACACUUCAUUUUUUUAUGAGAAAAUGUAAUUUUUGCGAUUUAUCAAAAACUACUAAAUUAGAAUAAAUUGCUAUGUAUAUAGCAGCAGCUGCUCAUGAUUAUGAUCACCCUGGAUAUAAUAAUGUUUUUCUUAUUAAUACUAAUAAUAUUUUAGCUUUAAGAUAUAAUGAUUUAAGUGUAUUAGAAAAUUAUCAUACAAGUUGCUUAUUUAGUCUUAUUUUAAAUAAUAAAUAGAAUAUUUUUAUUCAUUUAAAAAAUGACGAAUUUAAAUAAUUUAGAGAACUUGUAAUUAGUAUGAUCCUUGCAACUGAUAUGUCAAAACAUUUUACAGAUAUAUCAAAGUUAAAAUCUCGUUUAAGUAGUUAAGAUUUUGAAAUUGAUAAUAAAGAUAAAAAAAUUUGUAUGGAAAAUUUAUUACAUGCAUCUGAUGUUAGUAAUCCUAUUAAAGAGUGGAAAACUUGCUUUUAAUGGACAAGUAAAGUUAUGAUGGAAUUUUGGAAUUAAGGAGAUUAAGAAAAAUUACUUAGAUUGCCUGUAAGCUAUUUAUGUGAUAAAUAUACUACUAAUGUAUCUAAAAGUUAACAUGGGUUUAUUGAUUUUGUUGUAAAACCAUUAUAUGAAGUAGUUGUUGUAUUUUUACCUGAAUUGUAGUUUUAUUUAAUUAAUUUAGAAAAAAAUAGAUAAAAAUGGACUGAAUUACUUCCUAAAUAUGAUUAAGAAUUAAGUAUUGUUUAAAUAUUAUAUAUUUUCUUAUAUUUAAUAAUUAUUUAGAUAAAUUAAUUGAAGAUAAUGAAAAAAAUAAAGAUUGAAUAUAUAAUUACUAAUAAACAAUUUAAUAUUUUAUUAUAUAUAUGA